CACUGGCUAAUUUACAGAAACCCCAAAUGCGACUGUAAAUGCAUUCAUUUCAGAAUUCAGAGGUAGACGAAGCUCCUUCCAAGGAGUAGUGAUGCCGAGAGCCACGCAGAUUCUGCGGAGGGCCCAUAGAGCCAUUGAAGAUUUUGAUUUGCUCAAAAUUUUGGAGUCCGAGCUCAACCAUGAACUCUCUACCAUGCGGUACCAGGUUGACAAAACUGGUUCUUUCGGGGAUUUUGUGGUCCAAUACGAUUCUCCUCAGACGCAAGACGUUCUUUUGAGGAAAAAAUGUCCGUCUGGAGAAGAAGUAGCGGUCUCAGCUUUGUUAGGUCAGAAUACCAUCGAAGAAGAUAACCACUUGCCUAAGGAAGCUCUGAUGAAAGUCUGCAUAAUGAAACCCGGUUUGAGCUCUGUCUUGCAGUUCGAUUGUGUAACAGCUAACAAAGGGGACUGUGAAACUGAGGUCGACAUUCAGAGCGCACAUUACAUUCCAUCUCCAUCAUGCCUCGAUUCUUCAUCAUUUUACAAAGGUCCCGUGUACAGCGACUUGGAUCCGGUGUUGCAACAGGAGUUAAAAAAAUAUCUAGCGGCCCGAGGAAUCGAGGAGAACUUCGCCAGCUCCCUUCUUCUCCAUCUGCACAAAAAGGAGCAAAACCAAUACAUGAAUUGGUUGCAAAAGCUUAAGGAUAUGAUGGCUCGACCCACAGGUGAUCCCGGCAACCAAACUUAAAAACUUUCUGCUCAUUUCUCGGCCAAAUCUCACUUGACAUCGAAGCUAGGUUUGUCGAUUUUUUUGCUGAGUUUUUUAUUUGAGCAUUGAUUCGAUUAGACACCGAGGCAUAGAUCUUCUUCCCUUUGACGACAUCUUUACAUAAAAUUUCCUUAAUGAAUAGGAUUGUCGCCCUCGUCGAUAUAAUGAAAAGGCUAAUCUGAUAAUAUCCUCUAUCUAAAAUUUUGAAAUUAUACUCC